CUCUCCAAUGUCCUCCCCUUCCUCUUCUGUAAUGCUUUUAGUUCUAAUGUUGACGGCCCUUCUAAAGGCUGCCUCAGCUGAGACCUUCCACCGAGCCGGUCAAAUAUCUUUUGGCAAUGAACUGGCUAAUAUACUCAACGGCGGUAAACUUCUCACGUUGUCAUUAGACAAUUCUACUGGCUCCGGUUACCAAUCAACAAACACCUACUUAUUUGGAAGGUUCGACAUGAAUAUCAAGCUUGUUCCUGGCAACUCUGCUGGCACUGUCGCCACUUUUUAUUUAUCCUCCCAAGGAGCAAACCAUGAUGAGAUCGACUUUGAAUUCUUAGGCAAUGCGUCUGGACAGCCAUAUACUAUCCAUACCAAUAUUUACUCUCAAGGCGUUGGCAACCGGGAACAACAAUUCCGUGUCUGGUUUGAUCUCACCGCAGCCUUCCACAAGUACACAGUGAUUUGGAAUCCUCAACUCAUCAUCCUCAUGGUCGAUGAUACUCCAAUAAGGGUAUUCAAUAAUAACGAAGCCAUCGGUGUCCCAUUCCCAAAUAGCCAAGCAAUGACGGUCUACGCGACCAUAUGGGAUGGGGAGACCUGGGCCACGGAAGGGGGGAGAAUACCGACUGAUUGGACACAAGCUCCUUUCACCGCUUCCUAUGAAAGUUUUGUCAUAAAUGCUUGUGAAUACUCAUCAGGAUCAUCAUCAUGUGGUUCUUCUGAGACUACCAAUUCAGUAACUGAGGCAUCGCUAACCCAAUCAUUGGACUCCGAAGAGCAGGAAAAACUCUUGUGGGUGCAGGAGAACUGUAUGAUUUACAAUUACUGCACCGACUACGAACGCUUUCCUCAGGGACUUCCCCCUGAAUGCAACCAACCUUACUAUUUGCAGUGAGUGGGUGUUCUUGACGAUCAUUUGUGUUCGCUGGAUCUGUAAAUUACAAGCUCAUUGAUAUUCUUUAUUCUUUAUUCUUUCAAAUCAAAUGCCUAUGUAAUAAGCACAAAUGCAAGAUUGAAGCAAUUUUUUCGAUGAUUAACUUUGUUUUCCU